GGUUUUCAGUCACAGAGCUGUUCCUGCCUCCCGGGAUCGAUGCAGCUUCAGCGCUAGCAAACACUGGACUGAUUGUACCGGCAAUAGCACCAGAAAGGGGACACUGGAUCUUUUUUUGGUUUGUUUUGUUUUGGGGUUUUUUUCUCUAUAUGCUAUUGCACCCGGGAUAAACAAUUAAGGAAUGUGGAAAUUACAGAAUGCCCACCAGCGCUGGAAAGAGAUUUAAACCCACCAAAUACAUCCCGGUGUCCACAGCAGCCGCUCUUCUUGUGGGAUCGAGCACUUUAUUUUUCGUUUUCACGGUCGCGGGCAUCCUGGAACCUAUCCCAGCCGACUCUGGGUGCCCCUGGUUGACCAAAGUGAUCUCCCCUAUCGUGCCUCUCUACAAUGGCCUCGUCUUCCUCUUUGUCUUGGCCAACUUCAGCAUGGCGACCUUCAUGGACCCUGGUGUCUACCCUCGAGCGGACGAGGAUGAAGACAAAGACGACGACUUCCGAGCGCCUCUCUACAAGAAUGUGGAGAUCAAGGGCAUACAGGUUCGGAUGAAGUGGUGUGCCACCUGUCACUUCUACAGGCCGCCUCGCUGCUCACACUGCAGUGUCUGUGACAAUUGUGUUGAGGACUUUGACCAUCACUGUCCAUGGGUCAACAACUGCAUUGGACGGAGAAACUACCGCUACUUCUUUCUCUUCCUGCUGUCUCUGAGCAUCCACAUGAUAGGAGUUUUCACCUUCGGCCUCAUCUUUGUGCUCCACCACCGGGAGAGACUGGGGGCUCUGCACACCACCGUCACAUUGGUGGUGAUGUGUAUCGCUGGACUUUUCUUUAUUCCCGUCAUGGGUCUCACGGGUUUCCACAUGGUGCUUGUGGCUCGAGGUCGAACCACAAAUGAACAAGUAACGGGCAAGUUUCGUGGAGGAGUAAAUCCCUUCACUAAAGGUUGCUGUGGCAACGUGGAGUACGUCUUAUGCAGUCCUCUGGGGCCAAGGUACAUAUUGGACCCACGAAAGAAGCCCCACAUCAAAAUUCAACCGCCGUUUAUCGGACCAGACCUUUCAGAGAGGCAAAUCACCGUCAAGGUCAAUGACAACGGCAUCCAUGGCACUAUUAUCAGCUCCAAGUCCAAAAGAAGCCUCGAUGGCCUGGAUGACAAAGAAACGCAGCCACCAUUGCCACCGAAAGCUGACCGGUACAACCAACUGAAAAACCAUCUGACGUCCAGUGAGGAAAGCUCUCUGUCUGGUAAAACCCACCCCUCCACUCCGGCCAUGUACAAAUUCAGACCCUCCUUUGGCACCAUGCCCAAAGUUCACUAUCAUACUGCAGGGGACAAGAUUGUCAUGCCCGAUGACCAAAAUUCCUCAGCCAUUUUGGAAGAGGGUGUUCGUGGUCACGACUACCGAUCUGAGCCAAACUUAGAUCUGCCAGAGUACACUAAUGCUCCUCUUCAUCGCACUUUCAAAUCUUCCCCUUUCCAGCUGGACUCCGACCCGCUCAAUUCUCUGACUCUUAGCCUGAAGCAGGCUCACCAACGUUCAGGGAAGGGUCAGCUCGUGGGUCUGCAGCCCCAGAAGGUCACCUCUACCCCCUAUAAGAAUGUCUUCUCUCCCAACACGCUCUCCAACCGUAACGGAAGCCUAUCCUAUGACAGCCUGCUGAACCCCAAUACCACCCCACCCACUGCCAGUGAGUGCUUGGCCCACAGUGGGAUGCCUCCGGUGGGGUUCCAGUCGCCCUACCUGCCCACCAAAAUGUGCCACAUGCGGGAACCUGAGAUGCAGAGACAACAGGUUGCCGCCACUUACAGUCCAGUUAUGUCAUUGAGGGGGGUGGGCCGUGAAUCCCCUCACCUACGGGACAGGGACCCAUCCCCGGUGCGCUACGACAACCUCUCCCAAACAAUCAUGGCCUCCAUCCAAGAGCGGAAGGAGAUGGAGGCGAGAGAGAAGCGACACAUGCUACACGGGCAUUCCCAGACGCAUAUCUACGCCCAGGACUCUGUUGUGUUUGAAGGUUCAGGGGGAUAUGGCCUUCCACCCAACCCCUGCUACCCAGAUGGGCCUCGCUGCGCCGGCUCCAGAGGCCCAACACCUCCGGCCUACGGAGGCUCCAGGGACAACCUGAUGGGGGUCGGGCUGAGCUACAGCCAGAGAACCCCUGUAUUGUGCCAGGCUGGCGCCACUAUGGGGCGAGCACCCAGGACUUCAUCCAGCUCUUUACACACAGAUCACAUUAGCACCAACAACAACCACAGAAGGGUGUCGGGCCCCGAGGGCCUUUAUCGCUCCCCUGGCCACCACCCUCACCCCCCUGCCGUGCCCCGAUCUCCCUCCUACUCCCACCACAAACUGUCAUACAUGAGUGCCCAGGAGAGGAUGGACUCACCUCGUCUAGGGGGGGCAAGAGAGGCCAUGAAACUUAAUGGCCAGAUGGAUUGCCACCCGAGUGCCAAGGGUGUCACAGCUAGUCCCAAUCGCCACAGUAACGUGAAAAGGGUGACUGGGGUGGAAGGCACCACCUAUGAGAUUUCAGUGUGAGCAAGGAUGCCGAAUUUACCUUCAGUAGAAGAACUGCAUUUAUUUUUUUGUGAACUGUAGAAUCCAGAAGCAGCAGCUUGGUUUUGUUGUUAUUGUCCAAUCACAGGAUCAGUCUGCUUCUAAGUGGUUCUCUUUGGCCUAAUUGUGUGCGAGUCCAAAUAUCAACUGCUCCUCUGUAUUGAUGAGGGGUGUUUUACUCUGUGUUGGGGGGUCCUUAUCUUGGUCAUUUGAUUGGACCUUCUCUUUGCUAUGAUCAUGUAACCUGGUCCAAAUGUUCUGUACUGUACUUUUAUGCUCCAGACACUACUUCAGCUGGAAUAAAAUGCCACUGAAGAAAAAAAAAAAAAAAAAACCUUUUUGACAUCAUCAGCCUGAGAAUAAUACUUUUCCAAGUGUGAGAACCUCCCCACUUGGAGAAUAAUUCUACACGUUCAGGUGCUUCACGACCAGGCCCCUUAAAAGAAACCUGCAUACUUUUUUUUCCAGGUAUGUAUGCAACCAGCAGUGGUUUAAUUUGAUGCAGUGUCUUUAAGGCGUUAAAGACAUACUCUGCUCGCCUUCCGCUGGACUCAGAAAGAUGCAGGUUUCUUCUGGAACAUCAGAUUACCUCACACUUAAGUUUAAAACCCAACAUUUCACAGCCAAAUUGAAUUGUUUUAGUAUUCGUUGUCUGAUUUGUUUGUUUAUAAUAGAAUGGGAAUAGCUUAGUGAUACAGGAUUGUAAAUAACAUAUCACCCAUUCCUUUUUUUUAAAGUCAGUUGCUUUUGCUUAAUAAACCGAACAUUUGAUUUUGUAGACUGGAUGCCUGACAUUUUAGUGUGAUAAAUUAUACAAUUCAGCCAGAAGGGCUCAUGGAGGAACUGACUUCCACCAAUGCCAAUGUAAAGAAACUUUUUUUUUUUGCUAUGCAGGUGUAUCUCAAAAUGGUUCUUCAGCACAAGAUUAUAAAGCAGUAAUGUAACAUGGUUUUAAACAAAAAACAAAAGCAUAUUGUGUAUUAAAAGGUGAACGGAACAAAAAAUAUCGAGUCAGAUGUUGCACAGCCAGUCCAUAUUGGAUUAGCAUGGCCUCAGUGAUGCAUUUCCCUUGAUUUGCAUUGAGAUGUUCAAUUCCCCUUUGUCUUUCAAGAGUUCUGUGUCCCCCAACACCCCAACCCAACUUUUAGACCAGUCAUGUUCUGUCCAUAUGCUGUUUGGGCUAACUGAAUUUGAAAUAUACCAGACUUAACACCAAUAUUUGGUUUGUCAGACUCAUCCAUUGUUGCCUUGAAGUAAUCCAAGGCCCACACCAGGUAUACAGUGAUGCCACAUAUGUGAAACAAGUCUACCUUAAAUUUGAAUUUAUCUGGUAGUUUGGUCAGAGGGGUGUUAUAAGAUUAUCUACAGAGUGGUAAUUUUAAACAUUGUUUAAGAAUCCCAUUGGGACUUCCAAACCAGUUUGACCAUACACACUGCCGGUGUCAUUCCUUAAUACUGCCAUUGUUCCAACUGUAUUUUGGCAAAUGGACUUGACUACAGGUCCCAAAAUGUUGCCAGCAGUCAAUGAUCCUACCCCAUCAACCCAGAGCUGAUUUUCUUUUCAAACACUUGAAUAUGGAGUUCAUUGUAUUAAAGACUAUAAUAUAGAUGUUAUUUUUGUUUAGAAAUAUUUCCAUUAAACCUGCGCAAUCAAUAAAGUGUCAUUUCAGCAAAUUCUUUGAAAAUGUGUCUUCUUUUCCAGGCAAUACUAACAAAAGUAGUGGGAAAAUCAACAUGCAGUUAACACAACCAGUAAAUACUUAAUUGCGCUUUUUACAAGAAUGCUUAUAUGGAUGCAAAGGUGGUUGACAGUGUUUUAUUCAAAAGUGGAGGAAACAUUUCCAAUCAUUGAGUGCAAAUGAGAAGCAACAUUUCAUCCAUGUACAAGUAUUUACAGAUGCACUGGCAUUUGGAUGCAUUUUCGAGGUUCAGAAAUGGUUGGUUGGUGAGAAGAAAUGGAGGUGAGCAAGAUGGCGAGGGGCAGAUUUUACAUGGUUAGUCACGGAAUGUUACUAGAGAGUUCCUGGUCAGGAACCUAAUUUUUAGUGGCGCUAUAGCAAACUGAAGAACUGUUGACUUUGGACUUAAAAACUUUCAGAUGUUUAAAAAAAAUAAAAAUAAAUCAGCUAAGUGCAUCUGAUGGCCGUAAACCGUAGUGGGACCCUCCGUUUAUUGGCGCCACACAUGGGAUGACAAUGGACCUGGCAAGAACUACUUCUACACGCCUCCACUGACAAGUCACUUAUUUACUUGAAGCCAGGAACAGCGGAAGCAUGGACAAGGCAAGAAGGCCCGCUGAAUUGCAUCAUGGGAUGUAACAGAAAAUGCUCUUCCAUGACAUCUGGUCCCUGACCCUGUGCUGCUAACAAGCAGGCUACAUUAUCC